GUCGCCACUUUCAAACUGUCGAAUCAGAUGAAAAAAAGCCAUCUGUGCACCGAGAAAACAUCCUCCUUUAUCAAAAAUGGCUUUGUGAUAAUUGCAAGAAUAUUUUAUUAGACAAUACUGUUUUUCUCUUGACAUCACGUGCUACUCAUCAUCGACAAAAUGCAGGAUCUGUAUUUUUUUAGUGCCGCAGUAUCAGCGAUUGUCAUUUUACUUGUCGCGUUUAUCGUGAUCGUGUUUAACAGCAUUGUGUGGGUGCUUAUUGUGGCCAGCAUCUAUUUGAUUGCCAGUUUUUACGCCGUUCAACUGGCACAGUGCGUUGACAGUUUACUGACGAGGUUUAAUAUCAUAAGCGAUAAGUUUAUCACGAAAUAUGAAAUUAAAGAUUCGUGCAGCGUCUGCAGCAAGAAUGCCUGCAAGAGGCACAAAUUGUUGCCACAUUCAACCAAGGUCAAAGUACCAAAGGAUUUUGACCAUGCAUUGGAACAGCUUUUGGAGGAGGUACUGCAAAUUUAUGUCUGCACAUGGUACUCGGAUUUUUCAGCAAAUGAAGCUUUCAUACAACAGCUUCGUUUGGCAAUAACAACAGCAGCAAAGAAUAUCACAGUGCGACUAUUGCGUGCAGACACAGCAACCAUCGUCUUCGACGGCCUGAUUCCCCUAGCAAUACAACAUGCCCAAGAUUGGAAUGCAUUGCUCAAAAUGUCUAAGUCUGAGUUUAAAACGCCCCAAGAGUACAUCGGGACUUGCAUGAGCUCUAAAAUUCACCCAGCUGCUUAUUCAAGAGAAGCCGAAUUGAAUUAUUUGCGGGGACUGGUCACUGCAUUGUUACCGCACUUAUUACCUGCCAUACAUGUUUCAACGAACAAUAAAGUGAUACUUCGAGAAAUCUUAGCAAAUUGGGUGCUAUUACCAGCAAUUGAUGCACUUGCAGAUCCAGAAAAUAUAAAUAUGCUGGUGACAUUAUCCACUCAUCAUGACACUAUUCUGUCUAAUGCUGCAGAGUUCGUUACCGUACCAAUAUUGCAAUCUUGGGUGACAGUUCCAGCAAUGCAUUCACACAUUACACACAGUUGCUUUAAACCAUCUUUAAAUGAUAUCCUAAAUGAUCCUGAACUAUUAUAUAUGUUUAUGCAGCACAUCAAAGAAUCAGGACCCAUGAAUCUUCUUCAAUUUUGUUUAGAUAUUGACGAUCUCAGUAAGCGUAUGUUAAAUCCGGAAAUGUCGAGUAGUGCUGAAAAAAGUUUGUACGUAGAUGUUCGGAAUAUGUACACGGUAUAUCUUGAUCCUGAUGGUCCAGAAUAUCUGUAUUUACCGUUGCAUAUAUCGAAAGGCAUACAACAAAUAUUAGAAGGUGGGCCAGAAAAAAUUCAAGAACUGCGGACAUCGCGGCCUUUUUAUCAAGCUCAUCAAGAGGCACAUGCACUCCUAGAAAGUACUUGCCUACCAUCAUUCCAUCAUAGUUAUCAAUUAUAUAAACUCUUAUGCGGCUACUUAUCUCAACAAACAAAGGCUACUGCAACAUCCAAUAACGCAAGCGGAGGUGCAUCUACUCCCACGCGAUUCAAUAAUCAAGGCAAGAUCGAUGGCGUUUUACGCACGACUACAAUCGACGAUACUCCAUUUCAACUGCAGGGCGCCUACCCAGUCGAAGAGGUAGAUUGCACGGCUCGAGCAUAUAAUGAAAUUAAAGGCUUCGGCGAUAAGAGUAAUCGUGACUUAACGACGUGGCGAGUCGCCGUUCCCCACGUGGACGGCGGUGGCGCACAGCCGGUAUACAUGAUCGCUAUUCACAGCGUAGCGGAAGCUAAAUCGUGGACGGUCCUACGGCAGGAUCAAGAUUUCUAUACGCUACGUACGCGACUCACCGAAUUCCACGGUGACAAGGAGUUGAAUGACUCGCCGUUACCGUCGCGCAAGAAUCCGCACUUGCCCCUCGCGGCUAAUCGUCAACGUUACGAGGAAUUUCUGCAGAAGUUGCUGUCCAAACCGAUGCUGAGAAGCAGCGAGCUCCUUUACACUUUUCUUACAACGCCGAACUUAAAGCCAUACUUGGCAAAUUACAGCACACCCGACAUCGGCAUCCUCUAUCAAAGCAUGGCUUAUAAAUUGCGGAAGGAGAAGGGACAGCAUCUCGACAAGUUCAUGAGCACUUUUCUGGCGUCGACGAACACGAAAUACGAGCACAUGGACAUGGGUGUCGAACCGUCGAGCGAGCAUCUCGGCGAAACGGAGAGUAAAGGUAAAAAGCUGAUAGAUGAUGUAUUCGGCAAUAAUCUGAAUCUACCAGUUACUCUCCAAAAUUUGCCGUGCAGUCUACCGCAGCGUGAUCACGUGAAAGGUGCAAGUUUGUGCAUCGUAGAAGCUCUUGAUGGUCUACUAAGUGUACCUCUGAUUAUUUCGCGACUUUUCUGGAUGUUUGCCUUCUUAUUGCGCAAAAGGCUAGAUCCUAUCGUGAAUGCGGUAUUUUAUAACACUCUGAUUAAGCUUCUGAGCGGUGGCCGCGCUUCCAUCGUCGUCAAACUUCUACAUGCGAAAAUAGUGGGCAAGAAUUAUAUGAAGGACUUUUCUUCGCAAGGAAAAUCUCGAAAUUACUACGAAACGGCAAAGGAGGGGCUGAAUUCCUUGUGGCGGUUAAUGGGAUUCUCUAAGCCUUGGAAUAACUUGAUGGAUUCUUUCUUAGAUCCUUUACAAAACGCACCGUUCAAUAAGCAUCUGGCAUAUCUUUUACUAGACCAUCUCCUAGUUAAUCUUUUCCCAGAAAUGAUUGCAUAAUAUUAAGAUUGUUUUCUGACUACCAUGAAAACUGUAUAGUUGUAUAUAAUGUUAAUUCUACAAAGUGAUUUGCACAUAUAUAAAUAUUUCCUCUUGUACAUUUAAUAUAACAGUUUUGUAAAUUAUUAAAUUAUUAUAAAGUUAAAAAAUACUAUAUAUAAAAAAAG